ACUGUCCGGCAUUCUACCCAACUGGCUGUUCAACCAUCAGAGGGGACCAUGCUGUCAGUGAGCGGCGAAGAACCGACGGAGAAUGGGGAGGAUUUGGAAGAUGUGUCAGAAAUGGAAGCUUGCGAACUUUACGUGAAAGACAGGAGAAGAGCGAAGUCUCUGCCGGCCUAUCCAGACCAAGCCACACUUUUUGAGGAUAUCGCGAAUAACGGUCGAAAACGAGUUAAGUUUGCGGAUUCAAUGGGUCUGAAUCUGGCGAGCGUGAAGCACUUCAGCACAGCAGACGAUCCAAUGAUCCCCUCCAAAGUUCUCUCGAGGCUGCAGAGUUUCCCCCCGCAGCAGGAACGCGAGUUGCUUGGGGACCUAUGCUCAAACUUUAAAUCCGCCCUGACCAUGGACCGUUUCGUAGCUACGUUCAAGAUGCCAGCGGAGGCGGUGGAUUUCGAGGCGAGCGUACUGCAGCGCCACAUCACAUUGGAGAAAAUUACCAUCACCCAGUUUGAUGUCCGUGGACACAUUCGGACCGAUACUCACAGUUCCUCAAAGAGGGAGGUUGGGGUGAGAUACACUUUCAACGACUGGCUCUCCCUUGUGGACGCGCAGGCGAUAGCAGUACCCGGGGAGGAAACAGGGAUGGUCGGUGAGCGUUUUACCUUCAUGAUGUACACACCCCCGUUCCUCGACCCAAGUUCCUCGGUUCACUUUGCAGUCUACUUGAGGAACGACCAGGGCGAGUUUUGGGACAACAACGACGGUCAGAACUACACGUUAAAGUACAACUGCAUGCCAACGUACGACAGCGCGGUCUUCCAUGCCACCUGAGGCCCGUGCGUAAAGGCCUACACAAAACGCGCUAUUCAUGCGUAAAAGUCAUCUUUCUCAACCCAGCUCAUGGAUGGAUCGAUCUUUUUAUCCCUUCACUAUUAAAGUCAUCUGUUGGUUUUUGGUUGACAUCUACCCUCGUCAUAUUCUUAUCAAAGUGGUCUUGUAUCCCAAGGCCUAUCAGAGAGAGGCUAUAUCAGA